AUGAGUGAUCCUGCAACUGGGCUGCUACCUCUCACUGCUGAUAGGGGACAAGUGGAUCCGGAGGAUGCUAUGGAUGUCAAUGAAGAAAUUGCAAAGGUGGGAGAAACAAUCACUAACUCAAUUGUUGGACAGACGGUGGGGGAUUUAUGGACAGGCUUGUGGGGGCAGGCGCCAGGUCAAGAGGAAGGGGAUCAUGUCGAUGCUAGAGAGGGUGUGCCGAAAACUCGUUUCGAGAAGCGCAUUUUUACGUUGGAGGCAGAUCCGGACACGUACUGCGAACCCGCAAAAGACCUUGAUGCAUUCGAACAAUGGAGCAAGUCUUUCGUUCUCGAUGACUUUGCCGACAGGUGCAUUGCCAUUCUUGACCGCCACGCGUCAAUUGCGGAAUUGUAUGAAAGGGUUGUGCCGAAAAUUGUGGAGGAAGACACAUUUUGGAUGCGCUUAUUCUUUGCCAAAAAUGUUCUGGAGAAUGAGGAAGAGCGCAGGAAAAAGCUUCUAGAAAGGGCGGAAAACACGGUCGCAGAGGGAGAUGAUGAAGAUGGCUGGGGAGAUGAUGAUUGGGAUGAUGACACCCAGGUCCAAACAGAGCAGAAUGUGUCCGAUGAAAAAGGAGCAGGUGGGGUCGGUGAAUCCUCUGUUCCUUCGGUUUCUCAGGAGAAUCUACAAAAGGGGGGAGCUGAGGAAGCUGGGCCAAAAACUGGCCCUCAGGAAAAGAAACCGUCGACUGAAAAAGCGGAUGAAUAUAAGGCUGCAGCCUCCAAGCCAACAACAACUCUGGAAGUUAUCUCUACACCGGACGACGACUGGGGAGAGGAUGAUUGGGAGUAA